AUGAGGACGACAAGCUGGCUCUCCGCCGUGACGAGCCUGCUUGCGACCUCGACCGUCGCGGCCAAUGGACCCAACCUCACCACCAUCCACGAAGCCGGACGCUGCGCCAUUCGGGGUCAUUGUGGCAGCCAGUCCUUCUUCGGCUCCCAAUUGCCUUGCCCUGACAAUGACCUCGCCGAGACACCCUCCGACGACCUCCGGAAGAAGAUAAUCUCGGUGUGCGGUGACUCAUGGGCGGAGGGCGAUGUGUGCUGCAAGGCCGAGCAGUUCGAGACACUGGAGAGCAAUCUGAAGAAAGCCCAGAACAUCAUCUCCGCAUGUCCGGCCUGCAAGAAGAACUUCUAUGAUAUGUUUUGUGCCUUUACGUGUUCGCCGGAUCAGAGUCUGUUCGUCAAUGUCACGCAGACGGUGCCCAAAGGCGACAAGUUCCUGGUCACCGAGCUCGAUCAUUUGGUUAGCGAUGACUUUGGUGCUGGGUUUUAUGACAGCUGCAAGGAUGUCAAGUUCGGCGCUACUGGUGGAAGAGCGAUGGAAUUCAUCGGUGGUGGAGCAAAGAACUAUACACAAUUCUUGAAGUACUUGGGUGAUAAGAAGCCGUUUCUGGGAAGUCCUUUCCAGAUCGACUUCCCACGACCGAGUAGUAAGGAUUUCGGGGAUAUGGACACCGUUGUCAGCGAUCCAAAGCCAUGCAACAGCACGGAUGAGCAAUGGAGAUGUGCCUGCGUGGACUGUGCAGACAGUUGUCCGGAGCUGCCUAAGGUUCAGGAGAUUGGGAGCUGUCAUGUUGGACUGCUACCGUGCCUAAGCUUUGCCGUGAUCAUCAUCUACUCUGUCUUCAUCACCCUUCUCGUCCUAGCAGUGACCGGCCACGUUGCAGCAGCCAAACAUCGCCAGAGCAAGAACGAACGCCUUCAACUUCUGCAAGACGCCGGCCCAGACGACGAUGAAGAUGAGGGAGAUAUCGUCCACAUGUCUGCCGGCUUCCCAUCUGAGCGGCCAACUAAGCAGUAUUUCUUGAACACCUACUGCGACCGUGCCUUCAGCCGUCUAGGCAGGACCUCCGCCAGCUACCCAGCCAUUACGAUCGCGAGCUCCGUCCUCGUCGUCGCUCUGUUGAGUCUAGGCUGGAUGCGCUUUGCCAUCGAAACCGAUCCGGUCAAGCUCUGGGUGGCGCCCGACUCAGACGCGGCACAAGAGAAACACUUCUUCGAUACCAACUUCGGCCCCUUCUUCCGCGCUGAACAAGCCUUUUUGGUCAACGAUACGCACUCUGGAGCUCCGGGACCGGUACUAAGCUAUGAUACCCUACGCUGGUGGUUCGAUGUUGAAGCUCGCGUAGCGAAGCAGAAGAGUUUGAGUAAUGGUUAUACGCUGGAUGAUGUGUGCUAUAAACCUACUGGUGAAGCAUGCGUGAUUCAGAGCAUCACUCAAUACUUUGGCGGAUCUUUUGAGCAACUUGAUGAGAGCGAUUGGGCGGAGCAGAUUCAGGAUUGUGUUGAUACGCCGGUGAAUUGCUUGCCGGAUUUUGGACAGCCAUUGGUCAUUCAGCGAUUGCUAGGUGGGUACAAUUACAGCUCUGAGCCGAUCACGAAGGCUACGGCGUUGGUGACGACGUGGGUCAAUACGAACUACAACCCCGGCGCGCCUGAGCUGCCAAAGGUCGAGGAGUGGGAGGAAAGCGCUCAGCGUCUGCUGCUGGAUAUCCAGCAUGAAGCUAAAUCGCGAGGCCUCCGACUAUCUUUCAAUACUGAAAUCUCCCUGGAGCAGGAACUCAACAAGAACACCAACACCGAUGCCAAGAUCGUGGUGGCGAGUUACAUCGUCAUGUUUUUCUACGCCUCUCUCGCUCUGGGCUCGACGACAGUCACUCCUUCGCUGAUCUUGCGAAAUCCGAGACAAGCACUUGUGCAGUCGAAGUUCUCUCUCGGUAUCGUGGGAAUCGUUAUCGUGCUCAUGAGUGUAGCGGCUUCGGUUGGAUUGUUCGCAGCUCUAGGCGUGAAGGCUACACUUAUUAUUGCUGAAGUUAUCCCCUUCCUGGUUCUGGCCGUGGGCGUGGACAAUAUCUUCCUCUUGGUACAUGAGUUCGAGAGGGUCAAUAUCUCACACGCCGACGAGGGUGUGCCAGACCGAGUUGGCCGGACGCUUGGGCGCAUGGGUCCGAGUAUCCUUCUCUCCGCUCUUACAGAGACGGUGGCUUUCGCCCUUGGAGCGGCGGUGGGUAUGCCUGCCGUGAGGAAUUUCGCUGCUUAUGCUGCCGGGGCUGUAGCAAUCAACGCCAUGUUGCAAGUGACAAUGUUCGUUGCUGUGCUUGGGUGGAACCAGGAGAGAGUGGAGGCGGGCAAGAUGGACUGUGUACCCUGCCUCACGCUUACAGGAAAAGGCUCUUCCAACUCAGCAGCGAACAUGCCAGGCGGCUACGGCGGUGCACCUUUCUCUGGUGGAAUGGAGGAGGAGGGAUGGCUAUCACGAUUCAUUCGCAAGACAUAUGCGCCUGCUAUUCUGGGCAACAAAGCAAGAAUCGGCAUCAUCACGAUCUUCCUCGGCCUCUUCACUGCCGGCCUUUCACUCCUACCUCAUCUCCAACUUGGUCUGGAUCAAAGAAUUGCGGUCCCGCAGGGCUCAUACUUGAUCGACUACUUCAACGAUCUAUACGAUUACUUCGGCGCCGGACCACCUGUCUACUUCGUAGUCAAGGACCUGAACGCUACGGAACGACAUCGACAACAACAACUUUGCGGCAGAUUCGGGACAUGCGAACCUUUCUCCCUCGCCAACAUCCUCGAACAAGAGCGAAAGAGACCCGAGGUAUCUUUCAUCGCCGAUGCGACGGCGAGCUGGGUAGACGAUUACCUGUACUGGUUGAAUCCUGACUUGGAAGAGUGCUGUGUCUCUGCCGACGGUAGCCCAUGUUUCGAGGACAGGAACCCAAGCUGGAACAUCUCCCUCUCAGGUAUGCCGGAGGGAAAAGAGUUCAUCUCGUACAUGGAGAAAUGGUUGGAAAGCCCUACGACACCAGAGUGUCCACUCGCAGGCCAAGCUACUUAUGGCGAUGCCGUCGUCCUUGACACCAAGAGCUUGAGCAUUCCUGCUUCGCAUUUCAGGACGGCACACACGCCCCUUCGAUCUCAGGAAGAUUUCAUCGCAGCUUAUGCCUCUGCCCGCCGCAUUGCAGAUUCCAUUUCUGAGAGGAAUGAAGGUGUUAAAGUGUUCCCGUACAGCAAGUUCUACAUUUUCUUCGACCAAUACGCUUCUAUCGUGCACCUCAGCACUGCGUUGGUCGGGAGCGCACUGGCUUUCAUCCUAGUGAUCACCACCACCCUUCUUGGGUCUCUGGCUACGGGUAUGGUCGUCACUUUCACGGUGGCUAUGAUUGUGGUCGAUGUUGUCGGUACUAUGAGUGUCGUAGGCGUCUCGCUGAAUGCUGUCUCCCUCGUCAACGUGGUCAUCUGCGUCGGCAUCGGCGUCGAAUUCUGCGCUCACGUUGCUCGCGCCUUUUCUACCCCAUCGGCCAGCAUUCUGGAGCGAACGCCCUCUUCUCUUCUUGGAUCGACGAGGGCUGGUUCUGCGGCUGGGAUUGGGAGCCGACAAGCCAGGGCAUGGGCAGCGCUGGUCAAUGUUGGUGGGAGUGUCUUCAGUGGUAUCACUAUCACGAAACUCCUUGGAGUCUUCGUGCUGGCUUUCACGCGGAGCAAGAUUUUCGAGGUGUAUUACUUCCGAGUGUGGUUGGCUUUGGUUAUCUGGGCGGCGCUGCAUGCAUUGGUGUUCUUGCCUGUGGCUUUGAGUCUGGUUGGUGGACAAGGUUACGCAGACCCUGGGAGCGAUGGCGGACUCGAGCAGGAUCUGGCGAGCAGACGGUACAGGGCGCUGCUACCUGACGAGGAGUAUGACAGCGAUGAGUACUAG